GUGAGUGAGUGAACGAGAGAGGAGCGAGAGGACGGCACUGCUACACAGAGUGGAGAGAGAGGCUGUGAAAGCAAGUCUGGCGCUGAAGUCCGGCUGGGGAAACUUAGCGCAGGGGGUGGGGGUGACCCAAGCUUUGGCCUUCAGGACCUGGCCCGAAGCCAUGCCAGCCUCUGGGAAGGAUGUUGCUGUGCAGUGGGUAGCUGAGUCCGUGUGUUUGAGAAUUCCUGGGUGAAAAAUUAGGAAGGAUGCACAGCUGUGUUCUUCUGCCUGCCUGAGAGACCUAAAGAGAGGAGAGAGCGGCGAGGGAUAUCGCACCCAGAAUGGGGAGACCCUUCUCCUUGGUUGGUUUCACCGGGAACUAGGUGCCAUCUGGAAUAUUUCAUCCCUUUUGAUUUUGCUUAGGGAUCUAAAGCAGAUGAGUGCAGAGGAUACACUGUGGCCAAUGAAGCUGUAACCUCUUCAUCCCUGCGUCCUCUUCUUCUUCCCACACCCCCCAAAUCCUAGGACUACGGCUCAACUGGAAUUGGGAUCUGGCUUCCUUCACAACGUAAAGAACUGCUUGUCCCACUGAACCCAUUGCUGGAGAGGAGGAAGCAAGCGCCUGUUUUGAAGGGGGGGGGGUGCUUUGGGAUUGCACCCAGAGGUAGGUGUGUAUCGGAGGUGUGAGGGGGAGCCCAGUCUUGCUUUUCCGGACUCUGUCCCCAGCCAGAGCGCUUCAUAUGAAAUUCGUGAUUAAAGUUUGGGAUUCAGGAAGCUCUGAAGAUGCCUUUCCAUCCAGUGACCGCGGCGUUGAUGUACCGGGGAAUUUACACCAUCCCCAACAUCCUCACCGAGCAGCACCCUGUUGAGAUACCUGAGGAUGAACUGGAGGAAAUCCGGGAAGCCUUCAAGGUGUUCGACCGUGAUGGGAAUGGCUUCAUCUCCAAGCAGGAGCUGGGCACAGCCAUGAGGUCUCUGGGCUACAUGCCCAAUGAGGUGGAGCUGGAGGUCAUCAUCCAGCGGCUGGAUAUGGACGGGGAUGGGCAGGUGGAUUUUGAGGAGUUUGUGACGUUACUGGGUCCUAAGCUCUCCACCUCGGGGAUCCCCGAGAAGUUCCACGGCACAGACUUCGACACUGUCUUCUGGAAGUGCGACAUGCAGAAACUGACAGUUGACGAGCUGAAGAGGCUUUUGUAUGACACCUUCUGCGAGCAUCUGUCCAUGAAGGACAUUGAGAACAUCAUCAUGACUGAAGAGGAGAGCCACAUGGGCAAUGCUGAGGAAUGCCCCGUUGAUGUAGAGAGUAAGUGCCCCCUUCCACCAACAGCUGCAGACACAGGCAGAGCUUCUCCUUAUUGGUAUUUGCCCUACAGUCAUGGACCUGAACCCUAUGGUGCAAGAUGCUGUAUAGAUACAGGACAGAAGGAUAGUCAGGGUGCCCAGGAGAUCACAGUUAGAUCAAUGCAAACAGCCAUUUUUUUCAGAUUUUGGGAAGUUCCAAAAAAUGUAAAAGAAUUCUUUUUCAGGUCAGCCUGAACUGAAAUGCUAAAGAAAUGGCUCUGUGCCCCAUUUCACGUGGUUCUGAACUUUUUUUUUAAGAAAACAGAAGGAAAUUUCAAAAGCUGUUUGGAAUAAGAAGCUGGAACUGUUUGUUUAGCAAAUGUUGGAGCAAAUUGUGUUGAUAAUACUGUGCAACAACUCAGUGAAACCAACCCCAAUUCACAAAAACAUUCCUGUUGUCAAAUCUGCAUUUUUUGCUGAAAAAAUUGUCAGCCAAUUUUCCCCCAGCUCCCUUCACAGGCUGCUGUGCAGGGGCACCCAGCUCCACAUGUGGGCAGUCACAAUGUGCUGUCUCUGCUCCCACUGUGACACCAGCCAUGUUGCCCCCUUACAAACCUUACCUGUGGAAGAGGCAUGACUGACUCCACCGGAAGCAGGAUCUGGGUUUGCUUUGAUACAGAAGAAGCUAAUGCAGGGCUGGGUAACAUCAGGGAGAUGCACCAUCCUCCUUGACCAGCUACCCUCUCUUAGCUGAGGGACUGACUGAAGUGCGGGUUGGGGCGGCCAAGCGUUCUGAGGGUGGUCCUGAGAUGUAUGGCUUGGUGCCAUGUGCUUUGUCCCAUGUUCUGACCCAGGGUCAGUUUUGUGCAUGCUGUCUGGGUGGCCAAGUGAUGCCAGGAUGUGUGGUGUCACCCAUGGGAAUUUACUGAUCUUGAACAAGUUCUUGAAUAGGGCCUCUGUCCUCCCUGCUGCUCACAUGGUACUCUGCAGCUAUUGCACUUGGGAUUAUGGCUCCUUCUUGUGCCCCAAGCAAUGUAACACAGCCCUAUUGGGUCUUAACCUGAAAAGAAACAUUAGUAAAUUGUAGGUGAAAGCCAUUUGUGAUCCAUUAAAAGGAAUCAGUUGAUCAUGACCCCCAGGAAUGCCUAAGUCUGGGAAAAAAUUCUUGGUUGCCCUUCCACCAGGAGUGGCACUGAGUGCAGGUGGUACUAGGACCCUAUGCAGAAGGCAGUCUCCCAUCUUAUACACAUCUGUCCAUCAAACUGUCUCAUAGGAUAAAAGUGACCCUAAGCUGACAAUGACAGCAAUGAUUACAGGCCCAGAGAGAAUGACCUAAGAGGAGAGACUGAAGGAGCCAAGACUGUUCAGUUUAGAGAGGAGAAUAAAUGAGAGGGCUCAUCAUAGUUGUAUCCCACUCCAGAGGUGGCUGCAUUUUGGCUUGAAGUUAUACUGCUGCCGUGUAAAUGCUAAGAACAUUAACUGGUCUAUAAGUUAUCUUACUGGGUGAUUUCCUAUACUCUGAUUGGCUGCGUUCCAAUUUGCAUGACUGCACUAUUAUUUUGAGGGAUGGGGGAAUCUCACUGAAGCAUGAGCUUGAGAUCCACUCUGUUCUUGUGCCAAAGGCUGUCCUCAGUGACCCAGUUGCAAAUGGGUACUUGUUCAUUCAGCCUGGGGAGUCGAAGGCAGCCAGACAUGAUGCUAGUCUUUGUGCGUGUCUCUGGCAUGCCUUAGGCACUGUGAGCUGGUAGAGCUGGAGGACAUUUUCUUGACAACUAUUUACCAAUAAUUGUUUUCUAAGCAAAUUAGCUCAUUCUAAUUAACUGAUAGCCAUUGUUAAGCAACACACACAGGAAUGUGCAUAUUCAGUUCAGACUUAGUACAC